UUAUCCGAUAAAUCUAUUAGUGUUGUUCAGUUUAUUUGGUAAUCAACAUUUAUGCGGGAAAAAGAGGUAUACUCCAAGCGUGUACAGACACCCCGCUAAAACGUGUACAAUGUAACGGAUGUAUACAUUUCUCAAAGCAACGACAGGGCUAACUCCAUUAUGGAGGCACUGCGUUUAGCUAUACAGACACGGCUAGGGGAGAGGAUGGUUAGCAUGAGCUCUAUGCUCGUGGAAACAGUUAGUAUAAACUAUGAAGAUUUCAAUGAAAGUUUUUUAACAUGUGGUACAUGUCUUUGUGUCUAUGAUGGUGGAGAGCAUACUCCUAAAUUAUUACCAUGUUCACACACGGUAUGUUUGCAUUGCUUGACAAGAAUUGCUGCAUCUCAGACUCGUGAGACUGGUGCCUUUCGAUGUCCUAUUUGCAGAGAGUUAAUAACAAUUCCUCGUGGUGGAGUUCCUGCUUUACCACCUAGUUUCCUUGUGAAUCAAUUACUUGACCUCAUGUCUAGACAAAGACGAGAGGUUAUUCCAAAAUGUUCAGUUCACAUAAAUCAAGAGUUGUUAUUUUGUGAAACAUGUGAUACAGUCUUUUGCACAGUGUGUACAGGUGGUAAUCAUGCAGGAACAUCACCAGGAUGUACUGAGCAUACUAUCAUACCUUUUAGUAUUGCAAUAAAAAGAAUGUCUGAAAUUUUACUUUACAAAGCUAAUGAAUGUAUAUCCAAGUUAACACAAGCUCAAGAUUCUGUAAGCACAGAAUUACAACGUUUGGAAGCUUCUACAGAAAGGUGUUUGAAUGCUGUGGAUAAUGAAUUUGCAGAAAUUACUGCAAAAAUUGAAAGGAGACGUUCAGAAUUGCAAGCAGCUGUUACUGCUGCAGCAAGAGAUAAAAAACAUGUGCUAGAAGAACAACAUGCUCUCAUAGAAGCUGAAAAAAAUAAAGUACAACGAGAGUGUGAAGGCUUACAAUAUCAGGUUGAAGUACGAAACAUUACACAAAGAAUCGGUAGUUUAUCCGACCAACUUGAUGCGGCAUCGGCACUUAGUGAACCUAAAGAAAAUGCUUUUAUUACUUUUGAAUUUAAUCACAAUAAUGCUCUUUCUCAAUUAGAGGAAGCUCUUAAUAACUUGGGAAGAGUACGUUCUAGUACAACAUUGCCAGGUUUGUGUAGAGCCCGGUUGAAAGAUCCUGCUAUAGUUAAAUUGCAAGCAAUUGUAAUAGUAGAGACUGUCGAUUACCAUGGACAUCCUAGAAAUAUUGGAGGAGAUCUGAUUACUGCAGAAUUAACUUUAGCAGAUAGUAUCCAUUCAGAAAACCAAAGUUCCAAUGUUGACACUGAAAUUGUAGAUUUAGAAAAUGGUACAUACGAAGUACUAUUUCGACCUCCAUCUGCAAGCCGCUAUGUCUUAAAGUUGUCAGUUUUUGAGCGGCCUAUUAAAGAUUAUCCUUUAUUUUUUGAUGCGACUGAACAUAAUGAACCUAUUAAAAUAUACGGAAAACGAGGAAGUGGAAAAGAUGAAUUUCAUCAACCAGUAGCAGUUGCUGUUGAUGAUGAUGGCAUGAUAUAUAUUUUAGAUACUGGGAACUCACGUAUAAAAGUACUCAAUUAUGAUUUAGAAUUUCAAAGACAUAUAACUAAUGAAGGUCUUGAAGGUCGUAGUUGUACAGGAAUUGGUAUUUCUCAGCAAGGUCUUGUUGUUGUCAAUUGGAGAACGCGAAAAGUAACAGAAAUGAGUUCUUUAGGUGACACUAUUAAUUCUUUUUCCCAUAAUGCAUUUCACGAGCCAAUUGAUGUUGCUGUAGACAGAAGUUACGGUCACAUACUUGUUGCAGACAAUGGUCAAAGUUGUUGUGUUUUUGUAUUCGAUUCUGAUGGCAAAAUUCUCUUUCAGGUUGGAAAGAGAAGUACAUUUAAAUUGAUUACUUCUGUUACUGUUGGACCCAAUGGUGAAAUUGUAGUUGCUGAUAGUCGCAUUCAAGUAUUUUCUGCUAAAGGGGAUUUUUCUGAAGAAAUCUAUUCAGAGGGCAAAGGAAAAGGUACUUAUGGAGGACUAGCCGUCGAUCCAGAAGGCAGAAUACUUGGCACUCGUACUGAUAAAGGCCGCAGUAUAAUCCAAGUAUUAAAAUUAGGAGGAGGUAAUAUUUUAACUGAAAUUGAUUCGCAUAGUUCAAAACUACGACGUCCUUCAGGUAUUGCAGUACUACCUGACAAUCACUUAGUAGUUGUAGAUUUGGGAAAUGAUUGUAUAAAAAAAUACAGAUACUGGUAA